CCUUCGUUCAGUUUGGCACAGUGGUUCGCCUUACACACCGGGGACAACCUAGCAGCCAGCCAACACGGAUCGAGCAACCAUAUUCCGCAAUCACAGUGAGCGACGGUCCAACCGAACCCCAGUAGUUGCCUUCAAGCCACCACCGAUGACUUCCCGGCCCUCUUCGUUUGCAAAAUAUAAACUCCUCUCAUCCCCACAGACCUCUUGGAUCACAGCCCGCCUCGUUCGCUUUGAUCUCGUUCAUCAAUCCAUCCCCCCUUCAAAGAAAGACACUUUAAUAAGAGGCAAUGCCCAUAGCCUGAGAAUGACUUCUUCAACCUUCCUUCCCAGCUACGACCCUGCUCUUCUCGAACCUCUUGGUUCACCUUGCAUGCCAGACGCAUCCGCCAGCUCUGACUCUGACUUCCUCUUCCCUCACAACGCUUAUGAAGAUUCCCUCUCUUCUUGCCUAAGCGCCUCGCAGUCUCCUUCCUACAGCCCCAAGUGCUCCUCCAUUGACAGUGACAUCUACGCAGACAUGGACCAGAAGCCCUACGGCCUGCCCACUGACGGCGCCAUCACCAUGAUGCCUACAUCUGAGGAAUCCGCACGACACAGCUGGGACUCCGACAUGACCGGCUCCUACAACCAACACCAUCUUGGAUACUCAUACGCAUCUCCCGAGAUGCACCACGCACAGCCCGACAUCAUGGAGCCCCGCGCCCCCAUGCUUGUUGUCUCCAACGACAAUGGCUUCUGGAACGGCAGCAGCUCCCACUCUUCGAGCAGCGGCGGCUUCUACCAAGUUUCCAACUCCUCCAGCGCCUGGAGCCACCCCAGCAGCAUGGAGCCUCCCGUCACUGUUCACCCCAGCACCGACAAGCUCUUCUCCAAUGGCGACUCCUACCACCUCCCCAGCCCUAGACGCAUCUCACAAGCUGCCUCGAAGCCCCGCAGCCUCAAGGUCGAGUCCUCCAAGCGCAAGAGCGCAUCAGCUUCUUCGCCCCGACUUUCUCCAUACGGCCGCUCCAAGGCUUCCAAGAACGCUUCUCCCGAGCGCAAUGAUGUCUCUGGCACCUGGGACUGCGCUCACUGCUCCCUGCCCUUCCGCGAUCUCCCCUCGCUUGACAAGCACGUCAAGUCUGAGCACACCCGUCCUCUCAUCUGCGUCUUCCACUGGGCUGGCUGCACUUCGCGCUUUGCCUCCAAGAACGAGUGGAAGCGCCACGUCUUCUCACAGCACCUUGCUCUCCGCUACUGGCUCUGCACUGAGGGCACCUGCGGCCACUCUCGUAGCUCCACCAAUGCUCGCCGCCGCUCUUCUUCGCUGCCCGCUGUUGGCUGCAUCUUCAACCGCAAAGAUCUCUACACCCAGCACCUGCGCCGCAUGCACGUCCAGGGCGACGGCGGCAAGAAGUCCACCAAGAAGUCCAAGGACAGCAGCACCGAGGACUUUAUCCGUGAGAUGCAGACCCGUGCUGCCCGCAUCCGUUGCGAGCUGCCCACCUUCAUGACCUGCCCUGCUGAGAACUGCACCAUUGAGUUCCACGGUCCCAACGCCUGGGACGACCGCAUGGAGCACGUUGCUGGCCACCUUGAGCAUGCUGCUGUUGGUGACGAGCCUGCCGUUUCCUUUGGCGGCUUCGGUGACUGGACUCUCACUGGCUGGGCCGAGCAGGCCGAUGUCGAGGUUGUCAAGCGCACUGCCAACGGCUGGCGCCUGUGCAACCCCCUCAAGGGCGACAGCGGCUCUGGCAAUGGCAACGGCGGCAGCAACAAGCGCUCCAGCAUCUGCAGCAGCAAGCGCGGCAUCGAGGAGAUUGAGGAUGCCGAGGGCGAGGAGGACUACAACCAGUGGCCCUACCCAGCUCCCGCUAUCGCUCAAUAAGAACGACAGCAGCGUUCGGUAACGACUACUCCAUGACGACAACAACCACUUGCUAUUCAAUCACUCCUCUUCUUCUCGAACUCCGAAUCCUACAAACCCCUCGAAACCUACUCUACGACUUUUUACACACACGAUACACCCAGAUUGACUUCUGUCUCGCAAGAUACCUUUGUUUUCCUCUGCAAUUUUGUGGUUUUUAAAUGGCGGCUUGGAGCGAUUCUCCUCCUUUUGUUUUCUAGCGGAUGCGUUUUUAUAUUUUAUGUUGGGUACGGACUGGCUUUCUACCCGUUGUUGUUUUGCUAUUACCUUUUAGAGAACUACACAAAAACGAUGGAUGUAGAUUGCGGAAUCACAUGUUUUUGGCGCCUUGGGAACUAUUUUAUACUUUUAUACCACCAUUUUGGUCUUGUCGUUUUUACUUUAGCUCUCUGCCCUUUGAGGCUCGAACAAAUUGAAUCACCAGGGCCCUUAUGGCUACCUUUCCUCAAACACUU